GAGCUGUCCGACGGCCUACGCUGGUAUCUCCUAGAUGCCACGGAGGAGAAGCCCGGCGCUCCCGCCACGCCAGGGCUCGGAAAGAGCACCGUCGCCCCAGCCCACGUAGACGCCAGGGGCAGCAUUCGCCUGAAGCGCACGACGGGCGGCGGCAACGUCGCCAGAACGCUCACCAAGAGCCUCGACAGCCGGCGCAACAGCUCCGGAUCCAAGAAAGGGCCCCCUACACCAAUCCAACGGGGCAACGGGUCCUCCACCAACCUAGUCCAGACCGCCGAGGACAGCGCUACUACCCCAGCAUCUCCCUCGCGACCGCGCGAGGCAGCUCCUAUCUUCGACGAGGUUCGCCGCGACCUUCUCCGGGGCCCGUGAAGGAAUCUUUGAUUCCCGCGGAUCAAGCCCCUUUUUCUUGUGUUUGCGUCUUCCGCAAAAGAAAAAGAUGGGAGCUGACAGACACUCCUCUCUAGGGCUCUACUCUACUCUCAGAGAGCAGCCGAUGGCAGCGGCGGAGUCCCGACACGGCGUGGCCCUCUAUGUCCUCCUCUUCCAGAAUCGAGAAUGGAGACGCCAUGUCGACCUCACAUUCGACCCCUAGUCGACGCCCAACCAGUCGGUAUCGACCGUGGGAGAGACUCUGGUCUGUCGACUACCGGUUAGAAAGCGGAAGCCCAAGCCGACGAUGAUUAAUGAUCGUAUUUUCUUUCUUUCUUUCUCUCUUUCUUUCUCCUGAUCUUUAUUUUCCUAUCCAUUUUUCACAUUGUUUGAUAUUUAUCAAUAUUCGAUUCGGACUCCAGGCUUUUGAGACCUUCUUUUUUAUUUUCUCAUACACGAACGAUGGCAAACGCUGGACAUUAUCCAUCCCCGUCACGAAAUUGAUACCCGUCUCUGUGGAGUGCGAUGUACCUGCCUUUUCAUUUAUUUUUAUUUAUUUUUCUUUUUUCUUUUGAUGAUGCUCUAGAUUAGAUUUGAUUUUUUUAAGGUCUAG